AUGAGUACAACAUUAACAUCGGCUAUGUUAAAUAAUUCUUCAAUUCUGACUACUACUCAAUCGACUACAGAACCCUUGACAACAACUGUCGUUUAUAAUAAUCAUUUGUUUUUACAUACAACUGCUUGUCAAACUAUUGCUGGAGCAUUUACUUGGGCAGCUAUUAUAAUAACUGGUUAUCAUAUAUAUCUUCAUUUACGUCAUUAUACUGUACCAUCAGAACAAAAAUGGAUAAUUCGUUUAUUAUUUAUAGUACCUAUUUAUUCAUUUGUUUCAUGGCUUAGUUUAGUUAUGUUUAGAAAUAAUUCUUAUUAUGUUUAUUUUCAUGCAAUUCGAGAUUGUUACGAAGCUUUUGUCAUCUACAGCUUUCUUUCGCUUUGCUAUGAGUAUUUGGGUGGUGAAGGCGCAAUUAUGGCAGAAAUUCGUGGAAAACAUAUCGAGCGAAGCUGGUGGACAUGCACAUGCUGCCUUUCAAAUCAAGAAUAUACAAUUGGAUUUUUAAGGUUUUGCAAACAAGCAACACUUCAAUUUUGUUUAGUAAAGCCUUUAAUGUCUCUUGUAACACUUGUUUUACAAGCAUUUGAUAAAUAUAAAGAUGGAGAUUUUUCAGCUACUGGUGGUUAUCUUUAUAUAACAUUAAUUUAUAAUGUAUCUGUAUCGGUUGCACUUUAUGGUUUAUUUCUGUUUUAUGAAGCAACUAAACAUAUUUUGGCUAAAUAUGAUCCUGUAUUGAAAUUUCUUACUAUUAAAUCAGUGAUUUUUUUGACAUUUUGGCAAGGUGUUCUUUUGGCUAUUUUUGAACAAUUUGGUGUUAUUCAAGCAUUUCAAGGAAAAUCAAAUUUAAGUGUCGGUACUGUUGCUGCUGGUUGGCAAAAUUUUUUUAUUUGUAUUGAAAUGUGUUUGGCUGCUGUGGCACUUCGUUUUGCUUUUCCGCAUCAACCUUAUAUAGUACAUGAAAAUCAUUUUUCGACACCAUCAUCAAAUUCUGGACCAGGACCAUCAAAUGUUGGUGGAAGAAUAGCAACAAUGCAAAGUAUUUCAAAUAAUCUUAAAGAAACAAUGAAUCCAAAAGAUAUUAUGCAUGGUAAAUUAAAUGAUUUUAUUUAUCAACGAUUGAAUGAAAUAUUUAUUUUAGAUGCAAUUCAUAAUUUUCAUCCACAAUAUCGAGAUUAUACACAAUAUAGUGCACAGACUAAUGAUGAUCGAGCCCCAACAUCAACAUAUGGUCUAAAUCAACGUUCAACUAGUACUUUAUCACCAUCUAAUACUUCCGCACCUGUUGAUACAUCUUAUCAUGAAGGUGGAACAUCAACGACCUCAACAACAUUGCCUGUUCAAUCUUCAUCAUUAUCAAAUUCUCAAGGUCAAAAUAAUAUUAUUAAUAAUUUACAAAGCAAAUUAAUACCAAAAUCUUUAACAAAGAAGGAUGCUGAAAAAGAUAUGUUAUUAAUUAAUGAUGACAUCUAA